GGUAUACGGAGAGAACAGGACGUUGAAGAUGUCGAAGCGAGCAGUAAUUACUCUGAUUUUAAUGUGUAUUUUGGUUUCCAACUUUUGGUAAGUCGAGGCGUUCUGAACGCGUGCUUUUUGUCUCAUACCUAUUUUCUUUAUUUCAUAUUUAUUUAUUUUUUUCAAGGAUCGACGCGAAACACGCUCCCAAACACGCCAAGAACAAGGUUCACAGUUUCGUGAAGGCCAAAAAGGAAUCCCAUACUUCUCCAGACGCUGCUAAACGGCAAAGCGGAUCAACUGGUAAGUAAGUGAUAAACGAUAGGACUAAAAUGGCACUGGAAAAACCGAUCUAAUACUUCGGCAAUGAAGCCCUCUGUUUCGUUUCGUUUCGUUUUGUUUCAACUUCUCUGCAUGGAGCGAAUUAGCUACAUGGUGUCUAAAAAAGUAACCCUUUAAAAAGAGUUAAAAAUUACCUUUUAGUUUUGUUGUGAACACCCAAUCUUCAUUUAUUUACCUCUAAAAGUUUAGCCGGAAUGCAUUGUAUCGUACGAGCAUGCACGUUGAACCUGCAAAAAUUGUACAUGGAAAUUCUAAUUGAAAGCCGUUAAAACAACUUAGAAAUUAGUCCCGUCUGUUGACUUAGUAGUCUCAGUUCGAUUAAAAAUGGUUCAAAUGACUUCAGAGCAAAGAACUUUUGCUGGUUUUUUGACGCGCUGCGUUAAAUUAAUCAACUAUACCAAAAACUUUUACUAAUAGUUUUUAAAUAAAAUUCGAUUCAAUUGGAGUUGCGUACCCAUGGGUUGAGUAUAUAGGACUCAGGCAUUCAAAUGUAACAACAAGGUGAAUAUAAAUUUCCAAAGGAACACUUCAGACAACACUAAAACGAAAAUUUGCAAUUUUCAGUCAUUCUAGAUUACAAAUCGGAAAUUGACAGCCUCGAAGGGUUUGGGGCUAUCAAUUUCCCGUUUUUAAAUUAAUCUAAAAUGAUGACUGAAAAUUGCAAAUUUCGCAAGGCUAUAUUUUCCGCAUUUUACAACAUUUUGCAACGAAACUUUGGAAUAUUACUAAUUUUGCGAUGCUCCUUCAAGCUGUGAUGAAAUUUUUGUCUAGACUUGUUUAGUUCAAAAUUUAGUCUAUUACGCAAAUGGUCAAUUGCGCGGUCUUGAAAUCUAGUCACUGGUCACCGAGGCGAAGCCUCGGACUUGAGCAAAUUGCGCGUGCGUGUCCACAAUUUCUUAUGGUCCACCGUCUCCAUCAGGUAUUUUAUACGGCAUUCUAAACUUACAAGCUGAAAUGUAAAAAUAUUGUUUCCUGUCAUAAUGUCAUUAUACUUUUUGUUUUAUUCCUAUCUGUUUUCGAUGUAAACAAACUGUCUUAGGGAGGGUCUGAUGGCGUUUCAAAACGGCUAUCUUUAAAACAAGGAACGGGGAAUCGGGGAAUGGGAACGGGGAAUAGGAACAGGGAAUGGGAACGGGGAAUGGGAAUGGGAAUGGGAAUGGGAACGGGGAAUGGGAACGGAAGUGGGAACGGAAGUGGGAACGGAAGUGGGAACGCGAACGGCAAUCAUAUAAAAAUCAUCAUUUAAAAAACGAAUAAGUUCUUUGUAUGUUUGCAUGGUGAAAAAAAUAUAAUUUAUACUCUGUCGCCCUCACGGAUCGAAAGCUUUGUGUAUCUACAAAGUACAAAUUGAAAAAAAAAAACGAAAAAGAAGCCGAGCUGAGAAUGUCCAUUUUAUACAUUCAACAAAUUUAUAUCGUGCACACAUUCUGCUAUGUUUAAUUUAUUAUGAUCUAUGAUAAUUCAUAGCUAUUUUCGUAAAUAGAAUAAAGUUGAAUUGCAAGCACUGUUUAUCGUUAGCCGCGAAUGACUCCCAUCUUAUAUUCGGCUUUGUUUCAGCGGUAUAUCCCACAGAAACGGUCUUUUAUUGCUAAAAUAAUCAUACAUGCAAAGUGCCAUCUAAUAUAUAGUAGAAUCUCGCUAUCUCGAAUGGGAGGCGAAGAUUGUUCAAGUUAGCACAUGUUCGGUUAACAGGGAUUUGUGUUGGAUUUCGUUCCACAAAAUUUAAGCCAUUGCGGUGCAUUUUAAUGGAUAGCUCUUCGAGUUAGCAAAAUUCUACUGUAUCACGUUCUCAAAACAUCUACUGUUCUAGGUGAUGCGCAUGCACAAAGCUAUCACGUGCACACAGUGUUUUUAUAAUUUAUUUACUGAAUGAGUUUCACCCUGCAGAACAAUUUUCAGACGAUAUGAUUCUAAAAAAUGCUGUUUUUGAGCUGGACCAAUGUUAUAAUUAAAUAUAUCAAAACGAAGAUCGCUGUUGACGAAAAGCAGUGGGGUUCUCUAAGCCAAGAAGAAAGAAAGUCCAGACUUGAGAAGUACGUAAACAGUGGCAUGGAUUGCAAGAAAGAUCUCUCAAAGUGUAAACGCAACGACCGUGAUGAUUCGUCUACCCCGUCGACACCGGUAAUCUCAAUGACUGCCUCUCGGACAAAAAAUGUCCAUCUUCACCUCAGAAUAGCAUGCAUAAGAGCACGGUAUCCGGAAUUUCCAGCUAGUGCCCUUGUUGUUCCUCUCAAUUUUUCGCCAACAUUUUCUACAGGAACACCGUUGUGAGAUUGAACGCGGAGUUUGGAUUGACAGUUGAUAAGUGGAAGGCGGAUAAGUUUACUUUUCAUGGUAUUCAACCUCUUCAUUAUCAGGCUCGGCAUUCAACACUGGUAUUUCCGCAGUAUUAACUAUUAACAAUAAUCUGACAGCAGGAAUGAGACCUGAUUAACAUAGUUUAGUUCUUAUAACUUUUCACGAGUUUUCGGUUGUAGCACUAAUUUUGAUAUAUUUCAUUAUAACAUUGGUCCAGGUCAAAAACAGCAUUUUUUAGAAUCAUAUCGUCUGAAAAUGGUUCUGCAGGGUGAAACUCAUUCAGUAUAUAAAAACAAGUGUGCACGUGAUAGCUUUGUGCAUGCGCAUCACCUAGAACAGUAGAUGUUUUGAGAACGUGAUACAGUAGAAUUUUGCUAACUCGAAGAGCUAUUCCAUUAAAAUACACCGCAAUGGCUUAAAUUUUGUGAAACGAAAUCCAACACAAAUCCCUGUUAACCGAACAUGUGCUAACUUGAACAAUCUUCGCCUCCCAUUUGAGAUAGCGAGAUUCUACUGUAUAUUAGAUGGCACUUUGCAUGUAUGAUUAUUUUAGCAAUAAAAGACCGUUUCUGUGGGAUAUACCGCUGAAACAAAGCCGAAUAUAAGAUUGAAGUCAUUCGCGGCUAACGAUAAGCAGUGCUUGCAAUUCAACUUUAUUCUAUUUACGAAAACUAGCUAUGAAUUAUCAUAGAUCAUAAUAAAUUAAAAAUAGCAGAAUAUGUGCACGAUAUAAAUUUGUUGAAUGUAUAAAAUGGAUUUUCUCAGCUCGGCUGCUUUUUCGUUUUUUUGCAAUUUGUACUUUGUAGAUUCACAAAGCUUUCGAUCCGUGAGGGCGACAGAGUAUAAAUUAUAUUUUUUUCACCAUGCAAACAUACAAAGAACUUAUUCGUUUUUUAAAUGAUGAUUUUUAUAUGAUUGCCGUUCGCGUUUCCACUUCCGUUCCCAUUCCCCAUUCCCCGUUCCCAUUCCCCGUUCCCAUUCCCCGUUCCCAUUCCCCGUUCCCAUUCCCCGUUCCCAUUCCCCGUUCCCAUUCCCCGUUCCCAUUCCCCGUUCCCAUUCCCCGUUCCUUGUUUUAAAGAUAGCCGUUUCAAAACUAAUAGUUUUUUAUCAUAAUGCCUUCAAGCUUGUUACAAGUUGUUAACACCUUCCUCCAAUUAACUUGAUGCAACAACUGGGAACAAGCAGUGCGAACACAUCUUGUCGACAGCUUGUGUACAGAUUUGUAACAAUUGGUUUGCAGUCUAUAAUUGUAACAACUUGUGCGUUUUCGCGUGUUCACUCGCGUAACAAUGUACAGACAAGUAUGUCAUGGUAAAACUGUGUCCUGUUUUACUUAGAUUACUUCAACGUAAACGAUCCUGCCAGUGCUAGGGGCGACAUCGACGUGACAAAUCCGGACCCUGCUAACAGUAACAGCUUAAAUGCAGCUGACAAAACUGGACAGAAUGACAACACCGCAGCCCUACAAGCCAUCUUCGAUCAUGCUUCCCAAACAUCCGGAACGACUGUAAUUUACUUCCCCGCCGGAAAAUAUCUAAUCACUUCGGACCUUAUCAUCAAAGGUAGAGUCACCUUGAUGGGAUCUGUUGACGGUAUCAGUUUGUUUUGCACCGAAAGUACAAGUGCUUUAUUGACCACCAUAAACUAUGAAGGAAUAGCAGCCCAUGAUUACGUUGAUAUUGAUCGUUUGUUCUUUGAUGGUGUCCAACUGGAAUUUGAGCAAGACAGAGUCACGAUUUCUCAUUGUGUUUUCUUUUCAAACGAGAACCCCUCCCCCCACGCUAGGCUUCACAAGGGUCAGGUCCGCAUUCUUGACAUCGAUAACAGUGGCGUACACCGUCCCGCUUUGAGUCAUUCGGUUUUUUUGCGAGAUGAACGCGGAUUUGGCGUCGCCGUUGACGUGCAGAGAUCGGUAGCUAUUGAGAUAGAAAACAACAUCUUCGGGUUAGAUCUGGGAAGAAUUGACUGGAUGGAUAACGAGCUGGGCACGACGUACUGGCCAACACUAAAACUGAAGCUUGAGUUUCUCAAGAAUGAGUUGAAUCUCCGUGACGAUCAGGGCUUCUGGAAAUCUUCAAUCUACCAUGGCUUUAACAAUGACUGUGCAAUUGACAAGAACAUUUUCAACGGCAGCCCCAAUUUUGUUCGCAAUGGACCCACACACAAAGAUCACGCUGUCUACUUGAAGGCUUUUCACAAUUUGAACUUCACGGAAAAUUACGUGCGGGGUUGGGAUCCCGACUCGUCCGGCGGGAUAAAGGCACGAAACGGAGAAGGUCUUGUUAUUGCGCGCAAUUACGUAGACGAUACAGGAAUCUUGUUGUACAUCCACGAGCGGGCCGGCCGACCGCUUCCGUUGUUUUUGAAGAAUGUCCUGGUCUAUGGCAACCACAUUGUGGAACGUACGGACCCCGGCGGCCGAAAAAGCGGUAUCUAUUACCUUGAACCCCACCAGGAUUUCACGGACGAGAAUCUAGUCUACGCUGGAAAUGUUUUCGAGAUCGAAGGAGCUAAUCCAACUUCAAAAGAUUGUAUAUUCAUUGGUAAACACGCUAACCUGAAUCAACACCACGUGUAUGAGGACAAUAUCUACGAAGGCACCACUCCUCCAGAACAUGUGAACAUUAAGGCCGCCCAAGGAACACUGCAUCUUGAAUCAGGGUCUGCUUCUGUGCCAAGCGCCUACGUUGCCAUGACUGUACCCCGGUACAAUAUCGCGCAGUAUGCUCCCAAGUCUUCAAGUGGCUAA